CUUUCGCGACUGCUCUCCUCUCAUGUCCUUUCCCAGCCGCCGUACUUUCUGCUGGCCCCGCCCCUUUGUUGCAUAUUCUCGAAAGCGUACAGGCCGCUCUUUGAAAAGCUAGUUAGAUAGCUAACUAGAAGACUAUUGAACACUUCGAAAGGGAAACAUAAAACUUGAGCUGGUGACCUCACAAGGAAUUCCCCUCCUGCUCUGGUGGGAGGAAGAAGAUCCAGUGUCAUGACAACUCAGAACCUGGAAUAACUUGUCUUGGUCGGACACUCACAAAAGCAGCACUUCCUGAAACUCCCAGUGUGGGAGGAGAGAUCUAGGAGACCUUUGAAUCCAUAUGAAAGGAAAGACACCUCACCCUACUUUUUUUUGGACCAAGACACAUUGUAACUCAUCAGAAUAGGAUCAUUUAAGAAUCUUUUGGGACAAAAUGGAUCGAGAGAAGGGAAUGUUGAUGGAUGAAAUCGAAAAGGGUUUAUGGAAUUUAACCGAGGACAAUCUGCGUUACCUCUGUGAACGUCAUGGACACGGUGGGAAAGAUGGCUUCCAAGUUAAAGCCAUGGAUCACCGCUCGUUGCGGCGUAAAAUCCUGGAGGAAAUGUGGGACAAUACGGACUCGAUGAAAUCAGAGGAGCAGGGAAUAUCUUGGUUAGUCCGACUGAAAGAGGACAUCGGGAGGAUACAAGAGGAGGGUAGCAGUGCUGCUGAUGAUGAUGAUGAUGCUGUAGACUGUGACGAAGAAUGGAACGGAGAGGGCGGGGUUCAGUUACCUAGCAAUGGGUUGGAGGUGGAGCCCAUGAGUUCCAGCCAAUCUGAUGAUGAUGUAGACUGUGAUGAAGAAAGGGACGAGGAGGUCAGGGAUUGGAUGGCUAGCGAUGGGCUGGAGGUGGAGUUGUCUCCAGAGAGGCACACACCAGAGCAGAGAGUGAGAGAGGACAAGCCUCCCCGGCCCCCCGCCACCCUCUCGAAGUCCCCGGGUCGUGCGUCCCGCGGUAGCGCCCUACUGCGCUGUCUGAAGAAGAGGGCGUCUGUGCAGCUAGACGACAGCAAGACAACUCGCACAGGAGAGAAAUGUCACAGCCCGUCUAGCGCUAAACGAUGCAAGAAAACUCUCCCAGGAGACAGGCCUAGCUCCCAUAUCUGUGAUCACUGUGGGAAGAAUUUAGGAAGUCAAAAAAGCCUGAAAAGCCACAUGCGCGUUCAUACCGAAGACAAACCUCAUGAGUGCUCUGAGUGUGGGGAGACGUUCCGUCUGUUAAGAAGCCUUAAAAAACAUCAGAAACUUCACACUGGUGAGGUCAGAGGGACGAAGAAAGUCAAAGUCCCUCAUCCGUGUCCUCACUGCGGGACGAUGCUAGCUUCGAAGAAAGAAUUAAAGGAUCAUCUGAGAAUCCGCCACACGGAGAAAACUCAGCUCUGCUCUGAAUGUGGCAAGAGAUUCUCUAGCACCUACGCCCUGAGGAAACACCAGAGACUACACACUGGGGAGCAGCUCCACCUCUGCCCUGACUGUGGGAAGACCUUCUAUACUCAGGCACACUUGAUAUCUCACCAGAGGGUCCAUGCCGAACACAGGGAAAGGCCGCAUGUGUGUCCCGUCUGUGGGAGGGGCUUUACAGCAGCUUCGUCCUUGAAGUCACAUCAGAGUAUUCACACCGGAGAGAAACCUUACCUUUGCGCUGAAUGCGGGAAGAGUUUCAGAACAUUAGGACACUUCACAACACACCAGAAGCAGCAUGUCGAAGCAAAGCCAUCUUUCCCUUGCCCUGUUUGCAAUCAGUGUCUCUCAACAAAGCGCAACCUGGUAUUUCACCAGAGAAUGCACACGGGAGAGAAGCCUUACCACUGCUCUCAGUGUGACCGGCGCUUUGUUAAUGAGCAGAAAUUGAAAAGUCAUCAGCGUGUACACACUGGAGAGAAGCCCUACCUUUGCUCCCAGUGUGGGAAAAGUUUCGCUCUUUCACAAAAUCUUAAAAAGCAUCUCAGGGUGCAUUCAGGUGAGAGACGUUACAGAUGUACCUAUUGUGUAAAGAGUUUCAUUUCUUCAUCUGGUCUGAAAUCACACCUGCAAACGCACACUGGAGUGAAACCCUGCCACUGCCCUGAAUGUGGGAAAGGUUUCUCAGAGAAGAGAGCUCUGAAGAAUCACAUGCUCACACACGGGAGAGAAACCGCUCCAACGUUCCAAUGUCUGUGAGAAUGUAACUCAGCAGCAGGAGAUCACACGCUGGGGUUGAAGAGCAUAAAUAACUGCCAUUAGAAUUAGAAUUCCAUUAGAAUGAGUCGCUCUGGAUAAGAGCGUCUGCUAAAUUACUAAAACAUUUUUUAAAUAAAACAUAGAUAUUGUACACCGCUGCCUUCCCGACUCCCACGUGAUAGUUCAUUUCUGUCUUAUUUUCUCUGAAAAGACUUAACAAAGAAACGACCAUUAACUAAUUAUUUUGUGUCUGGGUGUUCUGUUUAUGAAUUGUCUGCUUGCUUUGAACUGUUCUAUCUAGCCUGAAUCCAGAACCUGUUUUGUGCUAAUAUGCUAAUAUGUGUGUGUAUAUAUAAAUGUAUAUAUGACUCCCAUUUUGGCAUGUAUUUAGCAGUGUAUGGUGCAGUACCAAUGUGGACACAAAAAGGACACCACUUGCCUGUUUGUUUUUUUUAAUGUUGUGAGGUUGCUUCAGUUGUCUUCUACUACGGUUGGCUCGCGCUAUGGCCGUUUUUCAAGUUCAAGUUCGCACUCAAUGUCCCUGUGCACAUUGAGUGCGAGUGUGCAUGUGAGUUGGCCCCCGUGAAAAGGAUGCAACCCGGAGAUAUACAGUGCGACAGGUAACCUAGCGGUCAAGAGCGGUUAACCGAAAGGUUCACUGGUUCGAAUCCCUGAGACGAAUAGGUGAAAAAUCUGCCCUUGAGCAAGGCACUUAACUCAAAUGGCUCCUGUAAGUCGCUCUGGAUAAGAGCGUCUGCUAAAUGUUUUAAAAUGUUUUAUAUAGACCGUCCACACGUCAGCGUUUUGCGAACGUGAGUAGGUUACGUUGAAAACAGUUUUCCAUUUGGGAUGCGGUCUCCAGUUCAUUUAUAGGCCGAGGCUACGAAUAUAAAGUGUUCUCCCCCGCCUCCGUCCCUCUCCUUUAGAAACAUUUUUCUCAAAACUAAGGAUACAAAUCAUGUUUUGUGUUAUUUUACACACACACACAUUCAAGUUUCUCUCUUUAAACGAUGCUUUACUCCCCCUCUUCUGAACCCUCGACCAAUGUGAUCGACAUGGGGCUGUAGGCUCAUAUUUCUGAACGGCUGGAAUAUAUCAACUCUGUGGCGAUUUGAAAGAAUAUUCCCAAUAUAUAUAUAUAUAUAUAUAUAUAUGUAUGUAUGUAUGUAUGUAUGUAUGUAUGUAUGUGUGUAUGUAUGUAUGUAUGUAUGUAUAUGUGUGUGAAGGCUUUACUGUCUGUUGUGACGGAUAUUGCCUUGAAUAAGACGCAGUUUACACGCUGCAUUGGAGCGAAAACGAUCAGCCAGAGUUACUGAACACUAAAUGCUUCCUCCAUUAGCUAGCUACUGGCAGCAUUAUGUUAUCGCAAUAAAUGAGUUUGUAUUAUUAUUAUUAUUAUUAUUAUUAAUAAUAAUAAUAAUAUCCAUUAAUUACAUGGCAGUUUAGAAGAAGUCUGAAGAAGCAACUAGCCACAUGUGUUUAUAUAUUUAUUUAAAGGUCUAGGCUCCAAUUCUUCUGAAUGAGUGUAUCUCUAUCCGCUUCUUGUAAUGUGUCAUUGCUUAUGAACUAAUGAAUGGUAUUUUUAACAGACCCACGUUAUGUUCCCCGGGCGCCUGAAGACGUGGAUUUAAAGCAGCCUCCCCAGCACCUCUCUGAUUCUGAGGAGUUGUUAAAUGCAUUUCAGUUGAAGGUAUUUAGUUGUAUAACUGUCUAGGUACCCCCCUUUCCCCUGGACUCAUCUUUUAGUUCUACAUCAAUACAUGCACAAUUCAUAAUGUAGAUUAUAGUGUUCAUAGUGUACUCUGUCGUUUUUAUCUUACUGUUCAUAGUGUAGUUUUUAGCUUACACUGUCCAUAGUGUACAUAUUGUAUGUGAAUUGUGUAUAUCUUGUCCGUAUAUUCUGUUUGUCUGUCUGUCUGUAGCCUAGAUUCUGUUUAUUGUGUCAGCACCAUAUCACCGAGUCAAAUUUCUGUACAUGCAAAUGUGUUUGGCGAAUAAAGGUGAUUCUCCGUUCCAUCCGUUGACUGGAGGAGGAAGUUACAGAUGUUGACAUGUCUCACACAGUUGUUCAUCUAAUGUUUCAUUUUUUUAUGUUUAAAAAUUAAACGUGUUUUUCCAAAUAAUAAGACAUGUUUGUUCCUGCUUGGCCCCAGUGGUGAGACUGGUUUGGAUGCUGAGUCAUGAAGUUGAGCUAAUUUUUCGGUCUUGUAUCUAUCUUUCUUAAACCAGUGUUUCCCAACCAAACUCGGUCCGUUUUAGUUUUUGCCCCCUCCAGUACUUCACAGCUGAUUCAAAUAAUCAACGAAUCAUCAAGAUUUGACCAUUUGAAUCCGCUGUGUAGUGUUAGGGCAAACCCCAAAACGUGGCAACCCUUGGGGUCCCGAGGACCGAUAGAAAAUGGGAUGCAUUCAUUAGUUGCAGGUCAUAGUAAACAGUUUUGCAACAUAAAAUGUUAUGCAAUGAAAACUAGUUUCGUUUGGACAAAUCCCGAGUAAAUACACCCAAUGGAUUAAUGUAUAGAUCAUUUCAUAAAACUACUUUCACGUUUGCUUUCAUCACCCCAUUUGGUAAAUUACUCAA